AUGACUACCCCAACUCAGCAACGACCUGACCCUGCAUCCACUCCCGCUCCUCGGCCCACAUCACCUUCUACUCAGUACCAUGCCGCCUUAUCGCCGGGUCGAGCAUCGUCCAUACGGUCUUUCACCACUGCGACAGAGGAUGAAAACUACUACGAUUCGCAAGCCCGCCCUCGAUCUGCAGUUCCCGGCUUGCAGAGUCUGGAAUCAACGCCCAAGGGAGGGAUGGGCAGUCAGAGGGGUCCACCUCCUACUGCAUUUGGGAGUAGCUUCGGAUCACCCAAUACUACUUGGGGAGGUUUCAAUAAUUCCAAUGCGGGUAGUAUGCCCCGACCAUCUAGAGUACCGAGAUUCCUUUCUAGUGGGACGUAUCAACCUCCUCCCAAAGACGGUGGUGGAUCCAUGUCCCGCUCUACAUCUAGAGCUAGACCAAACCUUCAGCAUCGAGAUAGCGCCGGUGUAGUGAAAGAUAAGACUAAGGAGAAUGACGAUGAGGAACAACCUGAAGAUCGAGGUGCGGAAUUGAUCAAGAAAAGACAGAAGGAACGAAGACAAGCAAGAUUGAAAAAACAACAUCUAGAAUUAGAAAGAAGAUUAGCAGCUGAAGCUGAGGGCGUCACACCACUCGCUACACCCGAUUUGAGUGCUCCCACCACCGGGAUACCGGAAGAGAGCUUUUCGGCUCAGCAAAAUAGGGGAACGAUGAGUAGAUCAAUAUCGAGAUCCAGAGCUCCCAGUGCGGAUAGAAGGAGAUACCCUAGCGAAGCUGGUUAUUUCCCCAGGCCUUCUAGUGUAGCUGGUACGGAAACGCCUAGAGAUGGCGGUCUAAGUCCGAGAGACGAGUUCCUGCUUAGACCGCCGUCGAUUCAUUCUAGCCACGCUGAUGAGGAAGAUGAAGAGCUCAUAGCGGCUGAGAGAGCAAGUAUAGUGGAUGAGAUUGUGCAUGAUGUUGUGGAGGAGGAGACCGGAGGAGAGGGACACAGCGAUGAGGAAGAAGAAGAAGAGGGUGAACAUGAUGACGAGGGUGUCACUCUGAGGGAUAGACAAGAUGCACUCAACAUCGAACAUCCCUUCGGUCUGCCUAUCUGGAAACCUGCUCUUUAUCGAAAAUCGCGUUCAGUCACUAGAAAUGCCGAAUCUGCCCUUCACUCCAUCCCGUCCGCCGCAGCCGAGAGACACUUGCUUCCCGGUAAUAUUCUCUGGAUCCUAUUAUUCGGCUGGUGGCUUGCGCUAGCCUGCUUUUUCGUUGCUGUACUAGUGAGCGCCGCGGAAGUGUUGGGUGGUGGUCGAGGUGGAUAUGGUAAGACUUUACGAGGAUUAGCAUGGUAUAUUGGUUGGCCGUUCGGCAAAUACGUAGAGGGUGAAGGUGCUCCUGAGGACGACCAAGAAGACUCCGGGGAUGAUGAAGAAGCCGGUGUACAGAGAGGUAGACCCGAUUACGGUACAUGGACCAGUCGAUCUGCUUCUUCCGUCUCGCCCACACCCAAGCAACGUGUCGCGUCUGAUGGUGCUUCGUCAAGCUUCACCAUCCGAAAUGAGCCUAGUCGAGAUUCUCUCGGUCUUCAUGCUGGUCUACCCGACGAACCGCCAGUGCGACCACCUCCCGCUCCGAGUUCUCCUGCGGCAGCCUCUUCCAAUACCAUCCGAGGUGAUGAGCAGGGCCAUGAUAGACACCCCACCGUCACAUUCUCUCCCAAUGUCAAAGUACGAGAUGAGGCUAAUGAGCGAACGGCUCUUCUCAACAAGCAAUCAUCAAGCACUGGAGGAGGGUCAGGUUUCCGCCGACCUCGAAAUAAGAAAGCUAAAUUCCUUGGUCGAUUGAUUUACUGGCCUGGAUUCUUCCUUGUCGUAGCGCCAAUCAUGGUCUUUGUCUGUAUUUUAUGCUGGUUCUUCGUCAUCACUAUCCCAAUGGCCAAACUCACGUGGGCGUUACUCAGGUUACUGUACUAUCGACCGUUGGAGAUCAACUUCAGAUCUGCACCUAAAGUGGUCGUACCUUUACCUAGCAACAGCACACCUCAUGGAUCACCGGAAUCUGCCGACGGAUCUGGAUCGACUACGCUAAGAGAAGACGGUUCGCCUUCUGGAUAUACGAUGAAGCGGGCUCAUUUGACUGCUGGUCAAGUUGCUCCUACCUCUGGACCGACGUCGACCGUAUUGUUAUGUACCUACCGUGCGAUCGGUUUACAAUAUUACAAGUAUACUGUCGGAGGUGUCAAUAUCAUGUUCAUCAAUUUACUUCCAUUGGUGUUCUUCGUAAUUAUCGAUGGACUAUUCAUCUUACCUUUUGUGGAGAAGCAAGAACAUCAUGGACAACCGAUCUCGCCAUUCUUGAAACUCAUAACUGCCCAAGCAUUGAUAUUCGUCAUGGCUCUAGCAUCGGUUAUACCCCUUUCUUACUUUAUUGGAAUGGCCGUAGCGUCCAUCUCAGCUCAGUCUUCGAUCGGAAUGGGAGCAGUCAUCAAUGCUACUUUCGGUUCGAUUAUCGAAAUUAUCUUAUAUGCUAUUGCGCUCAUCCAAGGUAAAGGAAGACUGGUAGAAGGAUCGAUAGUAGGAAGUAUCCUAGCUGGUGUACUCCUCAUGCCUGGAGUGUCUAUGUGUUCAGGAGCGUUUAGAAGGAAAGAACAGAAAUUUAAUGCCAAAUCGGCUGGGGUGACUAGUACGAUGUUGAUCAUGGCUAUUAUUGGGACCUUGACGCCUACUAUGUUCUAUCAGACUUAUGGAUCGUUCGAACUCCAUUGUGAAGGUUGUCCGGAACCUGUCGUCCACAACAACAUCUCAGUCAUCCCCGAUAUGGCCCUUGCACCGUUGAGAAAAGGUGAUGUGUGGAUGUGCGAUCAUUGUUACUACGAGCAUCCCGAUCCUCAGAACGACCCGUUCUACCAGGAACAGGUUGAAACGCUCAUGUAUUGCUGUGCUGGUAUCUUGCUAUUCUCCUACCUCAUUGGAUUGUGGUUCUCGCUUCGAACGCACGCUGCGCAGAUUUGGCAGAACCCUCAACAACUCAUGAAAUCCGACGAAGCCAAUGCGAUCCAGGCUAUGCAUCCAGCUGUCAAGGCGACUUUGACUCAAAGAAUCACCCCUCAAGCAGUCAUGCAACACAUCCUACCAUUACAUAAAUCCACCACUGCGAGUCCGGUCCAACCAUCAAGAUCAGCCCAAGGAUCACCCAAAGCAGGAUUCAGUAGAUUACCUAGUCACCUUGGAAUCAAUAAACCACCUACGACUGCAACUGUACCAGAAGAAGGAGAUGAUCACGGGGAACCGAGUGGAGGGCGAUUAUCGUCAAGCACUUUCAAUUUGCCUGCUGGAUAUACACCAUUCUUAGAUUCGGUUAAUAAAGACUUGAAAAAUUCUUCGAACCAUUUAACACCUAUGAGAUUACCUUCUACUCUCACCACGGAAGAUUUCACUAGGGCCGUCGCCGUAGCUACCGUCAGUGCUCUACGACAUCAAGGAUCGAUCAUUGGUAGUGGCGGAUCCCAAGCUGAGGAAAGUGAAGAAGAGGAACAUGGUGGGCAUGAAGCUCCCUCCUGGACUAGGGGAGUAUCGGCGGGUGUCUUAUUGGGAUGCACACUUUUAUAUGCUAUUAUAGCUGAAAUCCUCGUGGACGUGGUCGAUGUGGUACUUCAAGGAUCAGGUAUAGAUGAGAAGUUCUUAGGAUUAACACUGUUUGCGCUGGUACCGAAUACGACGGAAUUCAUGAAUGCCAUGUCCUUCGCUUUGAACGGGAAUAUCGCUUUAUCGAUGGAAAUUGGUUCUGCAUACGCAUUACAAGUCUGUCUACUUCAGAUACCUGCUAUGGUUGCUUUUUCUGCGUUAUACCAACCUGAUAAAAUGGGUGAUGUUGUGGAUACGUUUACGUUGAUAUUCCCUCGAUGGGAUGUUAUAGCUAUCAUUUUAUCUAUUUUCUUGUUGACUUAUACCUAUAUCGAAGCUAGGAGUAAUUAUCAUAGAGGAUCGAUAUUGGUAUUAGCGUAUAUCGUCCUGAUUAUGGGAUUUUACUACGCCCCUGCUAGAUCACAGGGUGAUACGUCCAGUGAUUUGGUUUAUGGACCGGAGAGUCUGAUGGAGUUAGGAGGUGCGGGUUUGAAUGUGGCUCUUACUAAACUCUGGGUGUAG